CAAUGAUAUUGUUUGAUCAGGAUAUCUACAGUGGCUGGUUACCUUCCUUCAGAUGUUCAUGGUUGUUCUGCUUUUAAUUUUAUGCUCGGAGAGGACCUACCCUGGACCACUCUAGCAUUAAGAUCAAUGUUCGCUAGUGGUAAUGGUGAAGGUUUAACUACAUACAGAUUACGCACAAAGGCUGGAGCCUGGAUCAAUCUUCAGUCACGUGGUUUUCUCGAGAUCAACAAGGAAACUGGAAAUAUUGAUCACUUCUUGUGUAUCAAUACAUUACUGAGUGACGAGGAGGCUGAGAGAAAUCUAGAGGAGCAAAGAGAGAGAUAUACUCCAUUCAUUACAGAGCUUCAAUACACGGGAAUACAGGGACUAGAGAAACUGGGGAACGGAGGAGCAUUAUCCUUAUCCAUCCCUGAUAUAGGAAAAGAGUUGAAUCGAAUGAUUAAAGCGGAUCCAGGUGUGGUUCAACCUAGAAAUUCUAAACUUACUUUUAAGGAUGUGUCAGGAUUUUCUUCUAGAUCUGAAUCUAUGUCGCACUCUAGCACGCUAAUAUCUAGAAUAGAAAAGACUGAAUUAGGGAAGAGUUUAACCCGACGAAGUGUCCUGGACCUUCAGGAGAGUGGAGAUGAGAAAUACGACAGAGAGAGAAAGGAAAGAUCGAUCAAACCUGAGCCUGAACCUGUAGAAUCAAAACUAUCCCGACAAGAACUUGUGGCUCGAGCAAUAGGAAUAAAAAGAGGGGGCUCAGCGCCCAGACCAGGAACUGGGAAAGGAGGAGGUGUUAGUAAAGGAAAGAGUUCUUAUUGUAGUAGCGCUAAUCCAGCGGCAUUGGCGCACAGUCCUGGCGGUAUAAAACGGAAACACGAGUCGGAUAAUUGGAGAAUUACCAAACCUACUCCUACUGCGGAGUUUCUCGGUCUUCAAGACAAUGAUGCAAUUCUGAAUCAAAUUCUGCUCUUGUCACAAGACGGUGUGGAGGCCGGGAGUUUCCUCAAACAUGAAAACGAAUUGGAAACGGGAAAAUCUGAUGAUUUUGGAGAUGUCAAGAUCGAGGAUUUUCUUGACUUCGGAUCAACAAAACCACAAAGAACUCCGCAGGGGUCAGACGCUCUUAAACCUGAAACCAAUCAUGACUUAGAUCUCUAUGGAAGUAGACAAGCUGCUGCAAACAUGGAUAAUAUAAGUUCUGGCCCGGCAGAUCCAAGUUUUACCAUUUACCCAUCUCAACCUUUUAAUUGUACAAUCUUUAAACCAAAAGAUGAAAGCGAAGUGCCCUCUGCAUUUGUAAAAAUGGAUUUUCCAAAUACAAGUUUACUCAGAGACAAUAUGGAGACUUUAGAGAACAGUUUGUUUCCUAUAUCGGGCAGCAUGGAGACGGGGUUUAGCAGAACCUCAUAUCUUGCAACUCCUUUAAAUACCAGCAGCCUGUCCUACGAGGGACGGGAGAGAUCACCAGAAACUAGUUUAAGAGAAACAUCAGUUAUUAAGAGACUUAAGGGGGCAUCCAAUGAAGAGGAGAAACGUGAAAUUCCAUUAAGACGAGAUAUUGAUGGAUUAAAUUCAACAUUCACCUUUCAUCCAGAGAGCUGAUGAAUGGUUAGAUGUACAUUGUACAGUAUAGUUCUUCACUUGAAACAGUACCGUAUACUGUACUAUUCAUGUACUCAACUACAAUGGUAAACAAAUUGGUUUUAUAUUUAUCAAUGUUAGAUUAUCGUUACAUGCAUGUACUUGUACACUGUACAAUGCACUAUCCUGUUAUUGUACAAUUUGCAUGUACUGGGUAGUGGGUAGUUAUACUAGCAUUACACCAUGUACAGUGUGUUUGUGUAUAUUGUAAACAAUUCCACAAGUACAUGUAAACUUGUGUUAGUAGAAAAAAUUGCUCUAUGUAACAUGAGUUUACAAUUCAUUAUGUACAGUGUAAUGUAAAAUGCCAAGUACCUGUAUAAUAUUGAAGUCAUGACUGAACUAUUAAAUUAAAUUGUAACUUAUGAACUGCAAUUUAUUCAUUACAGAUUUAAACAAAUAUAAAAAUAUGUUAUUUUGUUAUAAUUGUUAAUUGUUAAAUGUUUCUAAAACUGGUGAACUAUUUGUUAAAAAAAUUGAGUCGAUCCUAUGGUCAACAUUUUUAAUUUUUAACUUUAAUUUAUCAAUUAAAUUUUUCAAUUCCAUGAUAAGCCCACUUUCGAAUGCAUUGACAGAUGCCGGUUUGGUAAUUCCAAAUGAUGCUAAGCCCGAAUUAAAAAAUUUUUUAUUUUAUUUGUCAUUAAGGUCGAGCCACGAGUGCUCGCAAUAGAAAGAUAUUUCUUUGUAAAAUUUUGGGAACCGAUUUAUUUUUUUAUUUUUCGAAAGCAUGAAAACGGCUUGCAUGAAUAAUUAAUGGGAAUUUAAAACUAAUAACUAUUAAAGAUUGUGAAAACUUUUACAUAAGUUUUGGUGCUCCAGAAUAAAUUCCUCAAAUCAUCUAAUUGUAAACAAUUCUUUUUGUCCUGAAUCUUAAUAUAACUAUAUUAAGUGUAAAUGGAUACAUCUUUAUAAAAAAAAAUUGUUAAAUUUCCUUUUUUUAUUGUCCUGUUGCUAUUGACGUGAGGCUUUGUACUUAUUACCUAUUGUGACCUAUCAUGAAAAAUAAUGCUCUUUGCAGAGAUAAACUUUUUAUUUUAUGUUCUUAUGAAAGUAAAUUGCAGGAAAAAUGUCAAAUAUAUAUAUUUGGGACAUUAUGUAUAAAUUAUGUCUUCUUUGUUAAAAUUAUCUAAAUAAAAAGCUGUUUAAAUGUUUUAAAUGACUAAACUAGGAAUUCUAAAUGGGGUUAAUAAUAGUUAACACGUAUUCAUUUGUUAUCAUACAACUUCAAACUAUGCUUUUAAUUAUUUUUGGACUAUGUGACAUGUGUACAGAUAAAUUUUGGGUCAUUUGAGUACAAAUUAGAGCAAAUACUAAUAUCUCGUUGUUAGGCUUUUCCUAUCUUCCAUCUGUUUUUUUCAGGUCAGAUUACACUUUGCUAUACAAACUCAUUUUUACCUGAGUACAUUACAGUACAGUACAGUACAGUACAGUACAGUACAGUACAGUGCUAUUGCGAACUAAAUACAAAUGUAAAGCUUUGAAUAUAAUUCAUUAACGGCUAAUUAGAAAUGUACUGCAGUAAAUGUAAUUCACUGUACGGGUAUGAAUUUGAUUCAAUAAAUAAUUAAAAUUUAAA